UGGGGGUGCGUUUUUGACGUCGGAAAAGAGCAGGUCACGCUGUGCAGAGUAUGACAGCACGCCACCGGCUUAAGUCUAGGCUAUGAGACUCAGACAGAGACAAAAAUCAUAGACUUUACUAAAAAGCUUCUCAUAUUUGCAACUUUCAGUCAGCUUGUUGUUGCGGUCAACAGAAUGUGUCAUCAGAGACGCAAGGGAUUUUUCGUCGUCUCAUGAGGCAAGGUUGCUUUGGUUGCUUAGCGAAGCGGCAAAUCGUUACAGUUUCAUAAAGUUACUUCACUGUGAAGAGAACUACUUAAGCAGAUAUCUUGUCAACGUGGGAUUGACUGCAUAAAAAUCGCAUUAAGAGUUGAAGGAGAGUCGGUAAGGUGAGGCUCCAACGAUGAUGUGGGGCCAGGCAAUAAGAGGAAUUCUGGGAUUGAUUUGUUUCAUUGCUCCAAUGGGCCGAAUGGAAAGUGAGAGCGACCUGGACUUUAAAAUGUGUGGAACGUGGCUUCACGGCACUGGCCACAGGAUCCUGAAGUAUGCCCUGACCAAAGGCUGUGGCUCCCCCAACAUCAGUGCCCUUAACAUCAGCGCCAACAAGACCACCCUCUCCAUCAUAGGCACCAUCACAGCCAGCCAUGAAUCUGUGGGCCAGAUCCAACUGAACGACACCACCUGGGGGGACUCCAGCCCAUUCUGCGUGCUGUGGGAGCCACUGGUGGACCGCCUGCGGGUCGAGGUGAACGGGCGGAACUACACCGUUCUGAGAUCAGCCGGGCUGCAGGAACGCUGUUGCACGGACCUUUCCUCCAGAGAUCAGACUGCAGCUCAAACCUCAUAUGGCAUUGUAAAUGGCAGCAUGCGAACCGAUGUUAUGAGCUACAAAACACAAGGGACAUUUGGGUUCUACGGACAAACCAUCAACUGCAAGAAAGAAUUUUGUGAAGAGGCCCAGGAAGCAACCAGAAAAGUCAAUAUAAUUGAGGAAGCAAUGAUGAAAUCCGGUGUACUGGGCAUUGUAAAUUCUGCAUGUUUUCAGGGAGAAGUUAUGGAGAUGGAUGCUGACUUCACAGGGCGUGAUAUAACAUUUCCGGGGGAAGGGACUGCAAGGGGACCUCGCCCAUCAAUGCGACGACCUGCAGUGCAUCUGCCGGCCUGUUUAAAACCUGAUAGGCCUGGAGACAUGAAAGCCAAAGUUGUGUGCACCUUCUUCAAGAACAAUACCAUAUUUAAAAUUAAGGAGAAAGUAAUAGAGAGAAAACAGCCAAACGCAUGGAUCCUGGAGGAUGUUGUGGGAAUUUCAGUCGAAAAUACGAUCAUCGGCGGACUCCCUGAGCCUGUCAAGAUUGGCUUCCACCAUCCUGCUCUGCCAAAAAAUCAUUCUAGAAAAUGUGUUUCUUGGGACACAAGAACAGCACCUAAUGAGGUUGACUGGAAGACUGAUGGUUGCAAAACUGUACCGAUAGGUGAGGAUAAGACAGAAUGCCACUGCAAUCACCUGACCUACUUCUCCAUUCUAGUGCAAAUUGAACAACGUGACUCACAGUGCCAUCUAGAGGCCUUGACUUUUAUUACAGCCGUGGGAUGCUCUGUAUCAGUCCUCAGCUGUGUCAUCCUAUUCUAUUCGCUCUGCAAGAAGAGAAAAAAUAAAUCUAAGGACCAAUCCUCGCCAAUCCACCGCGGCCUCGUGGUGACCCUGUUCUUCCUCAGCCUGCUCUUCAUUCUGACUGGUGUGUUGGCUAACGUGGGAGGGGAGCCUAUGUGCCGAGUGGUGGGCGCGCUGUUGCACUACGCCCUGCUCUCUUCCUUCUGUUGGAUGGCCGUGGAGAUCUUCCACACCUUCUGGAUGGUCUACAUGAUCUUCAGCUCUCCGCCAAAACCAGUCAUCUGGUACAUGCUGGGAUUCGGUAUUCCUGCUCUCCCAGUUGGUAUUCUGGUCUCCAGAGAUGACAUCUACGGCUUGAGAGAAGUUAGACCCAGCGGUGAUGUUGACAAUCCUUACAUGAUGUGUUGGAUGAAGGACAACAGCAACGCCUGGCUGGCUCACUACCUGACCAAUGUGGGCUUUCUCUUCCUCCUGAUCUCCACUGGGCUGGUCAUGUUGUUUGUAGUCCUCAGCAAGAUCCGGAAACGAGAUGAGUGGCAGAAGAGGAAGCUUGCAUUCCUCAGCAUGUGGGGCCUUAGCUGUCUCUACGGGACCACAUGGGCGUUUGGCCUGCUGGAGAUCGGGCCUUACUACUGCCCAGUCACCUUCCUCUUCUGCAUUAUCAACACUUUACAGGGUUUUUUUUAUAAUGGUGCGGUACUAUAUCCUGGAGCGGAUUCGAAACAGCAAGGAGUCAAUUCUGGACGGAAGUACCUCAGGAUCCACACGACAACACAUGCUACAAGCCCAAGAAAGGAACUAAGGAAAGUGUGUUUCAGAAUGAAAGUGGAGGACAAUAAUCUAUGUUGCCUCACAACAACCAAUGUUUUUGAAAAGACUAUAUUACUUGGCCAGUUACCAGAGUUGUCAAAUAUCGAAUGUUCUGAAAUUGUAUUUUCUAGAUACUCUCACAAUGAGUGUCAAAUUCCAUUUAUGUGACAUCAGGGAUAUACUGUAUUUGAUUUAUAGCAAAUGUAGGCCUACUAUACGCUGUCUCUUAGUUUUUAUUCAUCAGCAAUCAGACAAAAAUAAUUUUGUGUUUUGUUUCCCAGCUGGCUGGACAUAACCAUGGUAUCAUGCCAAUAUGUAGAGACUGUACGCUUAUGCAGGACCACGGUAUUUUAUUUGUCUUGAUAUAUUUAGGCCAUGAUAAGCUCUUAUUGCAUCAAUAUGUUUUUAUGUUAUAAAAGGCAUUUAGCACUUUAGCCACCUUUUCUAUCCAUUAGACAAUAUACAACAUACACAUUUGUGUGUACACCUGUCGUAAUUAGAUACUGUGACAUGCAUUCAAAAUGUGUACCUAUAAAAAAUAUUGUCACCAGUACUAGUAGGCCUAUAAAUGACAUCUUAGACAAUUGAAGUGUUGGUUAGUGUUGGACAAUUGAAGUGUUGGUUAUAUUUUGAGUUGGAGCUAGAUGACUGAGAACAAAGGUUACUGUCAUUGUGUGCAUUUGACCUAUGUCUUGGUCCAGUGUGGGUUUUGUCAUUGUCCAUAGAAGACUGUACUGCUUCAUGACCUUUUGCUGUUUCACUGAUUACGUGUCCUGCUGUUUUCAGUCUGACAUUAGGGGCCUACUCUCAAUAGAGAAGGAUUACUGAAUACUCCAGUCAUUCACACUGAACACAAACCUUUAGAUUUUUCCUUUUGCACUUCUAUAUUUAAUUCGUUUUCAGAGUACUGUGACAAAUCUUUUUUAUUUUGAAAAAAAAAAAAUGUUUCUUAUAUUUGUAUAUUUUGCAUUUUAAAACUGUAUUUUCAGAUAUGUGCUGUCGUGUUUAUUAAAGAUGAUCUUUCACUUCGCUAUCGCA